AUGCAUUAUGACAUCUUUUUAAGAGCUGAAACAGAGGAUAUUUAUGAAGAAAUCGAUUGGGAAUCUCUCGACAUUGUGAAAUUACUCCGUUCAUUAGGAGUAUGCAAAAAUGUCAUUAAAAAAUUUAUUGAUAACGGAUACGAUAUCGAAUUACUCAAAGUUAUACAAAGAAAAGAAAUUGAAACCCUUGUUUGCGAGCCGUACCUUGCAGAUCGAACGAGAAUCAUAUCUGGUUUAAACUCCUGGAGAAUCUCACAGAACCUGCCUCCAAUAAGUUCACCUUUGAAGUCAAGUGAGAAUGUUAGUAGCACCCACCGAAGUCCAAUGAAAAGCGAGAACUGUACUGCCUCUUUCUUACUGAAUAAUUCAGCCAGAGGUAAACGCAUCCUGAAAGUGUACGAAGAGACGAAAGUAUUGAGUAAAACAGACAGGAGAAACAUUACGCACAUAGUCAUCGACGAGUACAAAGACCGCUUUGGGAAAUUGACUCACAAGCAGCUUGAAGACCGGGCAGCGGAGCUUAGUAAACUGUUUCCAUCGGAAUCUACGGUAUUCAUUUGUUAUGAUCUUGUCUUUUUUAUGACGAUUUGA